GUGCACGCUGCUGCAGGUCAGAGAUGUCCCCAUGGUUAUAAUACAAGAGCUGGAAAAAAACUACAGAGUUGCUCAACACAGGUACUUUGCUUUUCACCUCGGCAUGACAAGUGAUUUCAUCUAUGACUAUGGCAACCCUGGAGAACGUCUUGCCACCCCUCAGGAGUUUACACGGAUACUUAAUGAAAUUCACCAUGAGUUUGUGAAAGACAAUGGCAAGAUACAGUACAAACACAAUUGGGAGGAAGGUGACUUCAUCAUAUCAGACAACUGUGCAGUAGCUCACGAGGCGAGCCCAGAGACGCAAGCUUCUCCAUCACAAGUGGGGCUCAGAGUUCUGCAUCGAACAACUGUUCACAACCCGAUACCUCCAGCCAAGACUUGAUUACUUCAAAACACUUGAUGCCUUACUAAAUACUGUAUUUUGAGAUUGUUUGAUAAAAGUUAAAGUAUUUACUGUGGAGUACCUAAAUUCUUUGAUUUAUAAAAGUAAUUAUUAAAAAAACAGCUUUAAAUUAAUGUAAAGAAUGUAAGUUUUAACUAAUAGUCUUGAGUGUGAUGUAAUUGAUCAAUAUUACAAAUACUUAUUGCAAACCGCUUGUAAAUAAAGUAAACUGUUUCCUUUAUUGUGAUGGAUGAAAAUGUGCAGAAAUAUAGUGAGAAUUUGACUGUUAAACAUAGAUUUAAAAGUAUUAUUUUUAGACUACUGUUUUUCCAUGUUGUCUUUCAAUAAAUAUUUGAUUUAUUAUUAUU